GAGAUUCCCACUACUAUAAAAGCUGGGGAGAGGAGCUACAAGUCUUCACACAAACUUGAAGUUCUGCUUCUUCUUGCAGCAGGAGAGUAUUUCUCUUCUAACCCCUCAACGAGAGAGAGAGAAUAAAAAAUUCCCACUACCAUAAAAGCAGGGGAGAGGAGCUACAAGUCUUCACACAAACUUGAAGUUCUGCUUCUUCUUGCAGCAGGAGAAAUACUGUCUUCUAACCCCUCAACUCUAAUCCUAACGAACCAGCCACCGACCAUUCAAAGGUUUCUUUUCUUAGUUAAAGAAUUUGGGAUUUGUAGUUGACUUUAUUGAUAGCAAAAAUGGGAGAGUCAUAUAAGAAGCGUAAUGAACAGUUGAAAUCAUUCAAGGAUGACCCAGUUGUGGAAUCCCUUGCCAACAACGUAAGAAUACGUGCUGAGGCUGUCAACAACAUACGUAAGAAGGAGGGUUUUUCUAUCGCUUUCCUGAAAGAAGUGACGGCAUUUGUUUCCUACAUGAAUGGCCAAGCUGCCUCUGUAAUCUUGGCAUGCAAACAGGAUAUAUCGACUAGCAACAAGAGCUUUAAGCUGGUUGUCAAUGAGUACUUGAACAAUAGUGAGCAGCUGCUGGACUUCUGUUCUGCAUUGGAUAAGUUCGUGAAAUCAGCUCGGGAUAGUCAUUUAUAUACACAAUAUGUGGUUCAACAGUGCUUUGACAACAAGAUGGAAACUGAGUACUGCCUGAAGAUUUUGGAGAAACUGAAGAUUCUCAAGUCCUCUGAUGAUAUCCAUACUGAUUCUGCUGAGAGCUUGCACCAAAAGAUCAAAGGUUUGAUUGCGCAGUUUGAAAAACUAUGCAAGAAUUUGGUGCACGAAAUUUUUAAGAUUAAUGAAGAGAAGAAUCGUGUUGGUACUCAGAAGAAACACACAAGUCUUGCAUAUAAGAGUGUUUCUACGAUUGGUUUGGUAUUUGCAGGACUUGUAGGUGCGGAUUUCUUACCCGAUUUAGCAGACAUUGUUUCUGGUAUUGCAGAAAUUGCUACUGAUGUUGCAGAUGCUGCUUCUAAUACAGCUGAUGCUGCUUCGUGUGCGGUUGAUGCUGCUACUCAUCCACAUAUUGAGUCAGUACAAGCAGCAUCCUUAGAAUUUAUUAAUAAUCAUGAGACUGCUUCAAAGUAUGCUGUCAGCGCCGGGUUUACAGCAGUUGCUGCAGUACCUUUAAACUUAGGGCAUUCAUUAGUGAUGUCUCACUAUGAUAAUAAACAAAAGGUUUUGGACAACAAGAAGAAGGACAUGGACGCAAUACGUAGAGAAAGUGAGUCAUCCAUUGCGGAGUUGGGCGACAUUAAGUUUCACAUAAAUCAGGUGGUAAACGAGAUUGAUUCACUACUGGCAAAAACCAACACUGCAGUUAAAAUGAGUGACAUAGAUUUCUUAAUGAAGGAUAUGAAGCAAAAGCUGGAGAUGUUCAUGAAGAAAAUUGACGAUUUGGAUGCAGAAGCAGUGAAAUGCAGCGCUGAAACAUUGAAGGCAAGGGAUGACGUGCGCAACAGAAUCAGACUCUAGACUACAGCUAGACCAGAGAUCAGACAAUAAAUUAUAUAUAUAUAUAUAUAUAUAUAUAUAUAUUCUUAUGAUCUUGUAGUAACGGUACUUCUGUAUCUUUUUUUUUUUGCAAGUUCGUUUCUAUAGUUUGCAGCUGGUUCAACUUCUUAAAAACUAGACUAAAUAGGUUUGCAAAAGUUUGCAUGGUUGUUACAAAGCCUGUGUUAUGUAGUAGACAAAAGAAUUGUGUGCAAUAAGUUGUCAUCUUUACUUCCUCUCCUUUUUUGGUCUGA